CGAGCAGAGAAGAUGUCAGUGCUAAUGGUCACCAGUUUAGGGGACCUUGUAAUCGAUUUACAAACCCAAAAGUGUCCAUUAACAUGCAAAAACUUCUUGAAGCUUUGCAAGAUUAAGUACUAUAAUGGUUGUUUAUUUCACACCGUUCAAAAGGAUUUCACUGCCCAAACUGGUGAUCCAACUGGAACUGGCACUGCUGGUGAUUCUAUCUACAAGUUUCUUUAUGGUGAUCAAGCUCGUUUUUUCAAUGAUGAGAUUCAUAUUGAUCUAAAGCACUCUAAGACUGGAACUGUUGCCAUGGCAAGUGCAGGAGAGAAUAUGAAUGCUUCACAGUUCUACAUAACUCUGCGUGAUGACCUUGAUUACCUUGACGGAAAGCAUACAGUUUUUGGUGAGGUAGCUGAAGGAUUUGAGACUUUGACUAGAAUAAAUGAGGCUUAUGCGGAUGGAAAGGGAAGACCAUUUAAAAAUAUCCGGAUCAAGCACACUUACAUCCUGGAGGAUCCUUAUGAUGAUCCUCCUCAGCUUCCUGAGUUCAUUCCUGAAGCAUCACCAGAAGGAAAACCUAAAGACGAGGUUGAUGAUGAAGUCCGACUUGAAGAUGAUUGGGUGCCGAUGGAUGAACAAUUAAACCCAGGAGAACUUGAAGAAGUUAUUAGAUCAAAAGAAGCACAUUCUAGGGCAGUUGUGCUUGAGAGUAUUGGGGAUAUUCCUGAUGCUGAGGUUAAGCCUCCAGAUAAUGUACUAUUUGUCUGUAAAUUGAAUCCGGUUACUGAGGUGAGUAAUCUCUUAUGCUCUCCAAUGGAUCUCUAUCAUUUCCUUCUAUAUCCACUCAUUUCUACUGAGAUAGCAUUCAGUGUUUUCUUAACUAUUAAUGAUUUUCUCUUCAAAUUACAGGAUGAGGACUUGCAUACAAUAUUUUCACGCUUUGGAACUGUAUCAUCGGCUGAAAUCAUCCGUGAUCACAAGACUGGUGACAGUUUAUGCUAUGCUUUUAUAGAGUUUGAGGACAAACAGGCAUGUGAGCAAGCAUAUUUUAAGAUGGAUAAUGCAUUGAUUGAUGAUCGAAGGAUACAUGUGGAUUUUAGUCAAAGUGUUGCAAAACUGUGGUCACAGUACAUGCGAAAAGAUAAUAAGGGUGGUGGUUGCUUCAAAUGUGGUUCCACAGAUCAUAUUGCCAAGGAUUGCACUGGAGAUGCUACGAUGAAACAAUCCACAAAAUACAUCUUGAAGGACAAUAAUUCCCAACGUGGUGGACAUAAUGCAAGAUAUGAAAUGGUUUUUGAUGGAGAUAACACAGAAAGUCCAAGGCGUGAAACAAAACACCUAAGACAUGACAGGGAUGACCGAUAUGAUAAAAUAAGCAGGAGAGAAAAUAUUAAAGACCAUAGUCAUAGAAGUCAUAGUGAUCAGGAGAUGGCAGGCUCAAAUAACAGAGAUAGGUAUGCCAACAGAAGCAGAGGGUUUGAAGGAAAUGGAGAUGAUAAAGCACCGCUGGAAAGAGGUGCGAGAGGUUCGGAUUCUUUUGCUGGUAAGAAAGACAGAGAAAGGCAAAUGGGAAGACAGAGAGAUGAUGGCUUCCGACGGAAAGAUGAGCUAGACUCAAGGAAAAUAGGCAGUGAUAGCUACACAGAAAGCCGGACUAGUCGAGAUGAUAGGAGAAAAACAGAUGCUAUCCAUUUGGAUAAGAGGAAUGACAGAGAUUAUAGGAAGAGAACUGAAGAUGGUGGAAGGCAAGAUGUGAAGAUUGAUUCUGGACGAAGAAAACGAAGCCCAGAUGUUGACGAUUACAAACGUAGAAGGAAUGAUGAGGAUUGCAGAGAAGAUUUAAUGAUUGAUUCCAGACGAAGAAAACAAAGCCCAAAUGAUGGGGACUACAAACGUAGGAGGGAAGAUCGUGGACAUGAUACUGAUAGAAGACAUCAUGGUGACAAAAGAUGAUCAUUGGUGUGACCAUGUCCUAAUUAUAAGCACAGAACUCUGUCAAGGCAAGUUUAAGGUAGAGUUUGAUAUACAAUGAAAUUGAACAGUAUGUUUUGUUUUCUUUGGUUCCACUAAACUUGUUGGUGGAAUCAGAAAGUGUUGUUUAUUUAGUUCUAUGCCGAAUUUAAUGUGUGGAACAUAGUUAGAAAACAUAAUAUCUCGUCUUGUUUUUUAGUGCUUACGAAAUAACAAAAGUCUAUUAUGCAUUUUUAUUAUUGUCAAAAAAAGAAAAGCAUAAUAGGUGUUAUAAAUGCAUGAAAGUUAAGAUUUCAAGAACAGUUAUGCAAAUACAAUUAUAGAUUGUUAUUUAACUGUUAUAAAUGAAAACAGAACCUACUGCCCGUAUGGC